CACAACCAAGUCAAGAAGAGGAAGAGAAAGGAGGACAACCAGUAAGAAGAAGAAGUAAGAAGAAGAAGUUGAAGUAGAAGAGGAAGAAGGAGACCAAGUCAAGAAGGAGUAACCCACAAAAUACAACAACAACCCAUAACCCACAAGAAGAACAACAAUGCCUCCUAGGAAAACUGCCCGUGUUGUUGGUCCUUCUACUGAACCUACUGCUCCACGGGAUCGUAGCUCCACUCAUGCUUCUAACCGCAAACGGUCAGAAGAGGCUAAUAGAGGAAGGGGUAGAGGAAGGGGUAGGAAUGCUGAACAAGAGCCUGCUGUACAGGAUCAGCAGGAUGAUGAGAUUAUGGCUGAUCAGCCGGAUGAUGACACUGAGGCGGAGGAGGAGACUAGUGGUGAGGAGGAGACUAGUGGUGAGGAGGAGGCUGAGGAGGAUGUCGGUGCUGACCUCGAGGCGGAGUUUGAUGAGGAGUCUGGUGAUGAGGACGAUGAGAACAGGUUGUGGUAUGAGGGAGGUCCGUUUGACCUUUGCUUGUUGACUAAGUAUGGCGAACAUAUAGCUCGUGACAUAUGGAGGUCAUACAAGCGGCCAAAUUAUGAGACUAGAGGUGUGCUCAAGACCUAUAAUCAUGGGAGGAUGUGUCAUCCUGUAGUCCAUCAUGCUCGGUACAUAAGGGGUGCGGUGCAUAAUGCAGGUUUGCGGUGGGUGAUGAAAUGCACAAGCCCGAGUGUUGACCAGAGCAUUAUUUCUGCUUUUGUUGAGCGAUGGCAUCCUGAGACGUCAUCUUUCCACUUACCCUGGGGGGAAAUGACGAUCACACUUGAAGAUGUCUCAGCAUUACUCCACUUGCCCGUAGAGGGUGAGUUCUUCUCCUUUGGUAACCCGACUAGGGAAGAGGCGGCUCCUGCGGUUGCUCAGUUACUUGAUGUGGACAUUGAGCUUGUGAUGGAGGAGUUUGAUGCUUGUAGGGGUCCACCUCUUCGCUUUAGCUUUCUCCAAGCUAUUGUGGAGAAACACGUAGAGGCCAACAAUGAAGUUCCUGCAUGCCGAGCUUAUAUGCUGCGGUUGAUUGACAUGACCCUUUUCUGUGACAAGAGCAACACAUAUAUUGGUGCUGUGUAUUUGUCUCUGUUUGAAGAUGUUGAGAAUGCAUCAAGGUGGAAUUGGGGAGCUGCCACUUUGGCUUACUUGUAUGGUCAGCUCGGGGAGGCCAGUAGGAAUGGUGCUAAGUCUGUUGCUGGUUAUUUAUCUCUUCUGCAGUCAUGGGUGUUUGCCCACUUCCCCGGAUCAUUGUUUGAGCGCAGGGACAACCCUGCCUACACACCAGACAGGCCUGUUGCACUAACUUGGGAGGCGCUUCGAGGGACUACUGAGGUUGCGCAGAAGAGGAUGAACCUGGAUACGUUUCCGGCCAGUUCUGUGAUUUGGAGACCUUAUGUAGAGCACUAUGAUCACUGGCCCUUCCCUCAGGUUGCCUUGUAUAGGGGAUUUAUCAGGCAUGCCGGGAUGAUAUUCCCAUACCUCCCAGAUCGAGUCAUCAGGCAGUUUGGCCGGAUCCAGUAUGUGCCAGAUCCCCCACCAUCGUCAGUUACGUGCCGGGAGUGUGAUCGUCGAUUUGCGCACUGGAAUGAUCACAUUUGCCAUCUGUCGGAAGAAGCUGCUUUCCCUUUUCAGACCACUGGCGAAUACACUCCUUGGUAUAUCAAGGUCUCACACCCUUACAUGGUCCCAGAUGAGUACAAAGGCGACCGCUUCGCAUUUCUAGAGGUACUGACACUUGUUUUUGCCAUGUGGCUUACAUUACGAUUAUGUGUAUGCCUAUGUGUAUAUUGA